UACCUAUCAUUCUCGCUCAAUAUUCCCAUCCCCCCACUUUGUGUGGAUGUCGAUGUUACCAUCGCGUUUACGAGAAACCACCGAAGCAAACCUUGGGAGAAAACCGCCAGCAUUGAACAAGGGAAACAGUGAACCCGGACUCGGCAUAACAUUAAAAACGAGGUGCUCCACGAUAACAAAUUCCCUUGGACAUUUGUAAGGGUAGACUGUCUUCCGACAUGAAUCCUGUGUACAGUCCUGUCCAGCCCGGGACACCGUACGGGAACCCCAAGAACAUGGCAUACGCAGGCUAUCCUGCAGGUUAUCCUCAGGCUCCUACCUACACACCCAACCUCUACCAGACUGGCAGCCCAGGCUAUCCCCCAGUGCUGCUGGUGAAGCAGGGCUGGCCCCAGGCCUCCGGUGCUGCAGGGGCCCCAGAGGGCUCCUAUGACCUGGCCAUGGACGCAGGCUCAGAGGGCCGCCAGUACCAGGCCUCAGCCGCAGCUUUCAGAUACACUGCUGGGACACCCUACAAGGUCCCCCCUGGUCAGUCCAAUGGGGCGCCCCCUCCCUACUCCCCGUCCCCUAACCCCUACCAGACGGCCAUGUACCCCAUCAGAAGUGCCUAUCCCCAACAGAACCUCUACACUCAGGGUGCGUACUAUACACAGCCGAUGUAUGCAGCUCAGCCCCACGUCAUACACCACACCACAGUGGUGCAGCCCAACAGCAUCCCAUCCGCCCUCUACCCUGCCCCUGUCCAACAGCCCCGCUCCAACGGCCAUAUGGCCAUGGGCAUGGUGGCUGGCACAACCAUGGCCAUGUCUGCUGGUACUCUGCUGACCACGCCUCAGCACGCCACUCAGCACAUUGGUGGACAUCCGGUCACCGUGCCAACCUAUCGGCCCCAGGGGACGCCUGGGUACAGCUAUGUGCCUCCUCACUGGUAGACCCCACUGGGCCCCACUCAUAUCGGGAGUCAAACAUUGCUCACAACUCAAGUCUUACAUUGGUGCAGGAGGUCUGGCAUACGAGCAUCAAGUCUGUCAGCAAGAACAAAAAACUAAAGUGCAAGGGUCACUAUGCAUUCUUUUGUGAUUUGGAAAAGCUGCUUUUUCAUGUUUUUAUUAUUUUUUACCAGCCUCAGAUUUUUUGGAUUUGUUUUUUUAUUUUGACUCUCUUAUAAUCCAGACACACACUGACCAGCAGUAUAGUACAUGUAUAGUACAUUUGUGCUUCUUCUUUUGUGUGUGAGUGUGUGUGUAUUUUUCUGUUCUGAACACUGGUUCCGACGCAAAGCCAGUCCCUUCAGCCGUGAGAAUGUACACGUCUUUGUAUGCUGCCAAAUUUUCAAAUGUUUCAAAAAACAUUUGGGGGAAAGCGCAGUAUGAGUGUCGCGCCUAGAUUACUUUCUACCUUAUUGAUUUGCAUUCCCAUUUCGGUUUAUGUUCAAACACAACCAUCUUCCAGCACAAGAUAACAAGGGUCGUCUUCCAGCUUGUAGCAACAGUGCAUUAACUUGGCUUCUUAAGAUUAUACCCACUGUAUAUCAGUCAUGUGGUAGAAGAAAGACUAAUACCGUAAGUACCGUAAUAGUUACACACCAUGUAGAGUACAUUUUCAGUAAGUUCAGUGGACAUAAUUAGCUUUUACGUCUACUAAAGUAUAGUAAGCAAUUUAAAUAUCUAUACAUGAAUAUAUUAUAUAUAGGAAUACUGACGUGUGAGCGAGCGCCUGCGCGUGUUUGUGGUUAUUUUGUACACGUAAAAGCUCGCCAAACUUGAAAACACACUCACAUUUAGGUAUUUCAGUUGGCAUGAGUAGUGGCACAUGUACGCAUAUACAUAUACAGAUUUAUAGGACAUCACACACACACACGCAAAAGUGUAGAUGGCAUAGGAUGCAAUGGAUAAAUUGCUGGAUAGGGUCUCCCUCAUAACUUGCAGGCUAUGUUGUGAACUGAUUCCAAUUCUAAUCUAGUGUCAACUGAGGUGCAUGGAGUUUGAGGGGUGAGGCAAAUUGUCAGUUGGACCAGGGAUUGCUAAAUCGAAGGAUUCAGAGGGAUUUAAGGUCAGUAGAAGAGAGGGGGAUAAAGGAAUACAAGGGGAGUAGUGAGUGAAAAAAGCAUCUAAAUUGUAUAGUGGUCAAGCAUCUAUGCCCAUAGCCUUGAGCUGCAUGCCUCCCAUUGAUCUCACAGACUGGAGAUGAGUGUUAUUCGCAAUAAAGAUCCCAUGUGA